GCCACCUAUAUAAAAAAAAACGUCAGUACACACCACACAGGAAAGGAUGAUGCCAUCGAGGCUAGUAUAUUGGGUGCAAGUGCAUGCAUUGUCGUUGUCAUUCUUAAUUAGAUGUGGGUGGUUGGUUUCAGUGGUUCCCCAUUGUAAAUAUAUGGCAUCAUCCUUUCCUGUGUGGUGUGUACUGACGUGACCAUGUUUAUAGGUGGCAUGAUUUGACUUACCAAUAUUAUUGUUGCUAGAUCUAUCUGUCUGGAUGAGUUUUAGAGCUGUCAGUCUGAGUGUUGUGUAGUUCUAGUUGGUGAGAAGCUACUCUAUACAAGAAUCAGAAGAAGUUAAUUGAGAGUGUCGUUACCAUCACUAAAUCUGUGGUUAGCCUUGAGAUUACGGAGACAUUGGAAGCAAGUCACUGCCUGAAAUGAGUGACAACCUUGCUGAACAACUCUACUGGGCUAGUCAGAGUGGCCAUGACCAAGAAGUGCUUGAGCUGCUACAAAGAGGAGCUCCACCCAACAACAGUGACUACUACACUAGAGAGCAGUAUGGAGAGACUCCACUACACUGGGCAUGUACUAACAACAAUAUCCGAAGCACAGAAGUACUCAUCAAGUUUGGAGCUAUUGUAGCUGCUACAGAUAAUGAUGGUUGGACCCCCUUACACUGGGCAUGUUACAACAACAGUGAGGCCACUGCUAAGCUGUUACUGGAGCACCACUGUCCCACAGAUAUCAAAGACAAGUGGGAACAUACUGCUAAUGAUGUUGCCAGAGGAAAUGGGUCCCAUGCCUUGGCUGACUAUAUGGAGGGGUUCCAGCCUGGACCUAGAAAUCAUCUAUCCUCGUACCCAACACUGGAACAGCUGAGUCAGAUGGAAUUUGACCAAUGGCUUCAACUUGGUGUUUGUUUGGGAUUGAGCAAUGACCAACUGGAAACCAUAAAGAAGAGCCAACAUCCCACAGCAGCUACUCUCCAGGCAGCCAAAAUCAAGAAUACUGACAUGCAGGGGAAGGAUAUUGUGGAAGCUCUAGUGAGCAUUGGAGAAGGUGAGAGUGCUCUGUCAGUGAGUUCAUUCUAUGGCUGGCUUGACUGUGUCAAGCGUCUUGUGGAAACAGUGGGCCUCAAUCCAAAUGGUACAGCUGGUAACACCCCACUCUCUCUGGCUUACAAAAACAGACACUUGGAAACUAUCAAAUAUCUUGCUCAAGAACAUCAGUGUUACUCAAAAUUUGCAGUGAAUGAGACUGAAGACACUCCCCUCGCCCUUGAGUGUUCCCAUGGUGACCUGGAGAUGGUUAAGGCUCUCAUCAACAAGCAUGUUGAUCCAAACAAUACAGUCAACAAGGCUGGUGACACUCCACUCUCUCUGGCCUGUGCUAAUGGCCACUUGGACACAGUCAAGUACCUUGUGAACGAGCAUCAUUGUGAUCCUAAAAGUACAGUCAACAAGGCUGGUGACACUCCACUCUCUCUGGCCUACAAGAAACGACAUUUGGAGAUUAUCAAAUAUCUUGCUCAAGAACAUCAGUGUGACCCGAAAUUUGCAGUGAAUGAGGCUGGAGACACUCCUCUCUCCCUUGAGUGUUCCCGUGGUAACCUGGAAAUGGUCAAGGCUCUCAUCAACAAGCAUGUUGAUCCAAAUAAGCCAGUCAACAAGGCUGGUGACACCCCACUUUCUCUGGCCUACAAAGGUGGAUACUUGAAAGUGGUCAAGUAUCUCGCCAUCACUCAUCACUGUGAUACAAAAAGUUUCCUCUUACUAGCGGUAAAGCAAAAGUAUAAAGUGGAGUUCCUACUGGCAGAAUGCCACAGUGAUCCAAAUGUGACCGACAAAGAAGGCAAGACACCUCUCGAUUUGUCCAACGACCCUAAGAUCAUAAAGCUCCUCUUGAAACACGGAGCCAAGGCUGCCAACGUCUACAAGAAACACAGCAAGCUCAUCGGAAAGCUCUCCUCCGAGCGACCCCCACACCUUCCUCUGUUUGUGCUCAUCAUUGGCGAUGAUGGUGUGGGAAAGAGCACUCUGUUGAAGUCCAUUCUGAGCCCAAAAGAGUUUUGGUCUAUAUUCCAGAAGGCAAGACCCGUAGAUGGUGUCGAUGCAAGGACAGUGGGGAUCAUACCGUACGAAGUAUACACCAAAGAGUUUGGGAGAAUCAUCUACUUUGAUUUUGCUGGCCAGAAAGAAUUUUACACGAGCCACUGUGCCAUUCUGGAGAAUGUUAUUCAAACCUCACCACCCAUCAUUAUCCUCUGUGCUAAGCUGGUAGAAAGUGAGCAGGCGAUUAUUAAUUCCAUGUAUCGUUGGUUGACCCUCGUCCAAAACCAGUGUACCAAUCUGAAAGGCAAAGCACACGUGAUAGUAGUUGGUAGCCAUGCCGAUCAGGUGAAGGAAAUGGGAGAAGAUCCACGAGCCAAAGAGAGUAUCUUUGCCUUCGUUAUCAAGCAAUUCCCGAAGUUUGCGUUCACAGGGUUCAUUCCAAUGGAUUGCCGCUUUGCUGAAUCGGGUGACAUGAAUAUAGUGAAAAGACAGAUCCAGAAAAGCUCUGCUAUUCUCCGCUCUCCAGAAGCUAUCAGCCUGAAUGCUCACACCUUUUACAUCUACCUUGCCAAAAGCUUCAAGGACAACCUUGCAGUUUCAUUGAAAAUUGUUCAACGACAUAUACACAGUGACCUAGAACAAACACACGAGUCAAAGAAAAUGAUGGACAUUCUUUCCUUCAUUCCGACCACCCUCCCUCAUCUCAUUGAUAUAUGUGACCAGCUAAGCAAAGUGGGGCUUCUGCUGUUUCUUUACAAUGAAUCAUCACCUGAAAAGUCCUUUCUGAUGUGUGAUUCCAAAAAAUUGUUUUCUGAUAUCAUUGGGACUGUAUUUGCUCCUGAGCCCUUCCGCCAGCACUGCAAUCUCGCCUACAGUACUGGAGUGGUGCCUUUGUCCAAGUUUGCUGAUGCAUUCAAGAGCUACGACAUUGAAAUGUUGAUUGCUUUCAUGACACAUUUAGAGUUGUGCUUAGAGAUCAAGGAUAAGCAAGUUCUAGAGUACAUUCAGAAGAUGGAGCCAGACCUAGACGACACUCGCUACCUCUUCUUUCCGGGGCUCAUCAGGAUAGAAAGUCCCGAGUGUGUAUGGGAGGAAGACUCUUCCAUGAGCUACCACUUUGGUUGGAUAAUUGAAUGUGUACAAGACAUCCAAUUCUUUGAUGUACGGAGUUUUCAGAUUCUCAUUCUGAGGCUAGUGUUCACUUUUUGCCUUGCUCCUUCCAACACAAAAAACCCUGCCCUUCAAAAAUUCUGCUCCAUAUGGAAGAGUGGGAUCUGCUGGUGCAACGAUAAUGGGAUCACUGCAUACCUCGAGCUUCGUAGCGAAAAAUCUUUCAUCCUCAAAAUGCGAUCUGAAGUUCUUAAACCCGAGGGCCUUGCCCAUCGCUCCAAGAUAGUCAAUAACAUCCUCGAAACGGUGAAAGAUGUUUGUCCGAAUAUUGUAGUAGUGGAAUCACUGAUCGAUCCACAGGAAGUUGUCAGUCAUCCUCUAAAACCUUCCUCAGAGCUCACUCUGUUUAGAGUUAGAGAUCUUGCUGCUGCUGUCAUCUCUCAAAAAGAAGCUGUGAAAUCCGUUUAUCGUGCUCUUUCACUGAAACGCCUUCUCCAGUUUGAGCCGUAUGCUGGUUUGGACCUUAACACUCUACAGUGUAUUCACAGUGACAAAAAUAUCGAGAAAGAUGCACAAAUUUCAAAUGCCUUUGUUUCAAAUUUUGCUAGUCAAAUUUCUGAUCCAAACAUCAUUCUCAAGUAUAGACAAAUCCUGAGCCAAUAUCGAGUUUCUAAUGUCAACAUUCAGUCGGUCAGUCCCAGACAGGAGGUGGUCCAGGCCCUUGAGGCAUGGAGGAGUGAGACUGAGGGAACUUACAGCUGUCUGAGGGAGACUCUCAACAAGUACAGCGUCUUCACUGGGAGAAACCCUCUGGACCUAGCUGGUGUGGCUCAUGAUGAUAUUGAUCCCUCUGUGUUUAGUAUCAGUGGUGAUGAGCGAAUGGAUCAAGGAACUACCAGCUUCCAUGAGUUGAUGGUCAAGCGUGGAGUCACUGAUGAGCAGUUGGAUCGAGAGAUUGAACAAGACGACCUUGCUCCAGUAGCUAUGCACUUUGAUGAUGUGGAGCUCUACCUCAACCCACUGAAGUUGACUGACAGUGAACAAGGUGACGUGAGGCGAGAGAAUUAUUUAAGUAGAAGCAAUCCAGUGGCAGUGAUAAACUGUUUGUCAAUCUGGAGGGGUCACAAACCCAGCGAAGCAACCUUCAGAGUACUGAUUAGUAUCUUAUUGGAUCUGAAGAAGGAAGAAAUUGCUAUCAAGAUCUGUCAGUACUUGAAAGAGACCUAGCUGGUGUGGCUCAUGAUGAUAUUGAUCCCUCUGUGUUUAGUAUCAGUGGUGAUGAGCAAAAGGAUCCAGGGACUACCAGCCUCCAUGAGUUGAUGGUCAAGUAUGGAGUCACUGACGAGCAGUUGGAUCGAGAGAUUGAACAAGACGACCUUGCUCCAGUAGCUAUGCACUUUGAUGAUGUGGAGCUCUACCUCAACCCACUGAAGUUGACUGCCAGUGAACAAGCUGACGUGAGGCGAGAGACUUAUUUAAGUAGAAGCAAUCAAGUGGCAGUGAUCAACAGUUUGUCAAUCUGGAGAGGUCACGAACCCAGCGAAGCAACAUUCAGAGCACUGAUUAAGAUCUUAUUGGAUUUGAGAAAAGAGGAGAUUGCUACCAAGAUCUGUCAAUACUUGAAAGAAAAGUCCCAGUGAUCUAUGAGUGCUAUGUACUAGGUGUGAAAUGCUGGAACUGAACUGUUAUUGUGUUAAGUUAUGUAAUGUGUGUUUUUGUCAUUUUUGUGGUUAGUAACUAGAGAGGUCACAAGAUUGACCUCGUGGAGUGUAAGAGACUGAGUGUUAGUUCUUCUUGUGAGGAUUAGUUUUCGUGUUCUAAUGGUGUUGUGACUGUUCUGUUAGUAUAAUUUUGAGCUGAUUUUAAAGUAGGCUUUAAUUUUUC